UGCUGCAGGUGGCGCUGCUGCUUAUAUGUAUUGUUUGUUCGCCGCCAUUAAAACCGUAGAAGAAGAAGUGACCCGCUUCCUGAGAGAUCUGCUCCAUCACAUCUGAUCAUAAUGCCAAAAUCAAAGGAAAUCCUGUCCUCUGCCUCUGGGAGCGACUCUGACAGCGAAGUGGAGUCAAAGGCAAAGAAAAGGAAGGCAGCCCCAGAGAAGCCGGCCAAGAAACCAAAGAGCGGAGAGAGCUCCAAGCCCGGAGGCUCGUCAAAGGGCAGCGGGAACGGAGAAGACAACAUGUUCCAGAUUGGGAAGAUGAGAUAUGUCAGCGUCCGAGACUUUAAGGGCAAAGUCCUGAUCGACAUCAGAGAGUACUGGAUGAACCCGGACCAGGAGAUGAAGCCUGGGAAGAAAGGCAUCUCUCUGAAUCCUGAGCAGUGGAACCAACUGAAGGAUCAGAUCUCAGAAAUCGACGACGCCAUCAAGAGAACAUAAUCAUUCCUUUCUGAUGUUCCUGUUGGAUCACGUUCAAGGUGUUGGCUAACCAGUUUUGUAAAAAGCCUGGGAUUGUUUUGUAAUGACAUUAACUUGUAGCUGUGUGGAUCUAGUGUUGUCUGUGUGACUUUGUUUAGUUGUUGUGGUGAAGGUUGGGGUGGAUGAGCACUGGGGGGGGGUUGGAUGAGGUGGGCGGGCAUCAAUACAGAGGUGUUUUUGUAUUGAAUAAUAAAAACGAGGCACUGAUUUAAUCCUGGUGUUCAUUUAAAUUCGUGUUCACAGUUUGACUCAUUGAAACACCGACCAUGUGACUUUGCUUCUGAUCUUUGUAACUUGUAGCUCCCUCACUCUGUUUCUGAAACACAGUCUGUCAUCAUGUACAAACAUGGAAUUUGUCUCCUAAAAUAAAAACAAGCUAUUCCUAACAGAGCUCCUUGAUAUCUGAAUGACAGCAGCUGUGAUCACAGCCCUUCUUUAGGGGCAUGUUUGUAUUGUUUAUCAAGCUUUCUCUGUCCCUUUAAAUAAAACCACUUUAAGUGUC